AUGGAGCAACCUUUCAUGCGCGUCGGCAUCGCUGAUGAAGACAAACAAGCCCCUUGUUACGUCCAUGUUCCGCGAAUCGACCUCUCAGAGCAGGUCCAGUGGUUUGGGCCAUCCCACCCAGACGCAGUGGAUGCAGCCCUUUGCAAAUACCUCUCUUUUCAGCACGAUCAACUAUGGCUACAUCUUGAUCAGCGUCCGCCCUGGAAAAUUGCCGUCAUACCCAUCGAAACAAUUCAGGGCUCUCCAACCGAGAUUGAGGUCGUCUACUCCUUUCAUCAUGCCGUCGGCGAUGGCACAAGCGGUUCCAUCUUCCACAAGCGGCUCCUUGACGCACUCAGCAAUCCAGUCGUCAUUUCGGGACUUGAGGCAGACCAGCUCAACUUCCCAGAGCCACCGGUAUUGCCUAGACCGCAGGAUCAACUUAUUCAUGGCCGGAUCAGCUGGUCGUACUUUCUCUGGGAGUUGUGGGGUGCCUUCGGUCCUUCAUGGCUGAAGACUAAACCUGAGGUUACUCCUUGGAAAGCUCGCACCAUCGAUCUAUCCAUGCCUUACCAAACCAGCGUUCGCAUUCUGCGGGUUCCUGCUGUGACCGCAACUGAGCUAUUGGCGGCCUCUCGGGCUCACUCUAUGACUCUGACACCAUUGUUUCAUGCACUUGUCGCCGCCUCGCUUUCUCGCCACCUUCCCGCCUCUGAGGCUCCUGCCUUUGAGUCAAGUUCAGCUAUUAGCUUGAGACGGUUUGUCCCUGCAGCCACGGGACUCGAUGUAGACAACCAAAUGUCGGUUCUCGUCACAUCAACAGAUCACCCGAUAUCCGAGGCGCUGACCGCGAAUAUCCGAGGAUCCCGUGGACCAAAUUUCGAAAAAGCAGUUUGGGACGUCGCAGCUUCUGUCAAAAGGGAUCUUCAAGACAGGCUAGCAACUUUGCCUCAUGACGAUAUUACAGCCAUGUUGAAGUACGUCAGCAACUUUCACGAGUUCUUCACAACGAAGAACGGCUGUGAGCGUGGCAACAGCUGGGAGGUUAGCAACCUGGGUGCUAUCAGUGGCGGCACCAUCGAAGGGAAUUGGAAGCUGACCCGUGCUGUGUUCUCACAGUCAGCCAUGCCAGUGGGAGCUGGCUUUGGUGUUAAUGUCGCAGGCAUAGCCGGUGGAGAAGUCACCGUCACACUGACUUGGGAUGAAUCUGUCAUAGACUCGGCUCUGAUGGAAACGCUGGCCACAGACCUCGAAGCAUGGACGCAACAGCUCGGGGCCGGCGUGUCCCUUUAG